CACCUUCAAUGUUAAAACUCCACAAUUAAACCGGCUAAGGGGGGGAAAACAGGAGAAGACAAAAAGCCGCUUUCGUAAUUCCUUUACGCACCAUUCAGUGAGCCAAUAACGGAAUACAAGGGGACAGACAGAUUCAGGCAAUACUUCAUGUUAUGAAGCGAGAAUGAGUCGCGCAGAAGACAUCGGGAGCAAGUGCUCGUCCGGCCCGAUUUCCAGCUUUACCAUCCAGUCUAUUCUUGGCACGCCGUCCGAUCCGCCGCGCUCCGUAAACAAGGAGCUCGCGAAGGGGCCGCCGCCGCCACCGCCGCGGAGGCGCUCCCUGUCGGUGUCCUCCGAGGAGGAUUGCAGCGGCGGGGAGGACUCGGCGGACUGCUUCUGCUCCGACACCGGUCACAGCGAGCCGUGCACCAGGCACCAAGCCCACAAAUUCUGUAUAGGUCCCGGUAAAGGACUCCUCUCUAGGAAUGCGGGGCUCGCGCGGCGGCCGCACCUGCCUCAGCCUCUGCUGCAGGAUUACAAGGAGGAGAAGGAGAGACCGUGCCAUCAAAUGUCGCCGCUGUCGGAGGAGAGACACACGGACGCUGCGGACAAGCAGGGCAACUCGGCCAAGAAGAAGACGCGCACGGUUUUCUCCCGGAGCCAGGUGUACCAGCUGGAGUCCACCUUCGACAUGAAGCGGUACCUGAGCAGCUCGGAGCGGGCCUGCUUAGCCUCCAGCCUGCAGCUGACUGAGACUCAGGUCAAGACGUGGUUUCAGAACCGGAGGAACAAAUGGAAACGGCAGCUAUCAGCCGAACUGGAGGCGGCCAACAUGGCCCACGCGUCCGCACAGACAUUAGUAGGGAUGCCGCUGAUUUUCAGAGAUAACUCCUUUCUGCGUGUUCCGGUUCCCCGGUCCAUCGCCUUUCCGACGCCCCUUUAUUACCCGGGGAGCAACCUUUCAGCGUUACCUUUAUACAACCUGUAUAACAAGAUCGAGUACUGAUGGACUCUGCUGUAUAUGUGUACCACUGCAGUCCACGUUAAGACGCAUUACAAAACAAUACAACAUUCUUAUAAGUGUCUCCACAUAACCCCUGUAUAUUAAUUGUAUCACUUUAUUUGUCGAGGAACUCGUUAUUAUGCAGCAACUGUACGUCUCCCAUGAAAGCAACUAAGCUUAAUUGUAUAAAAUACACCAUGUGUAUAAUUAAUUACAAUAAUUUUGUUGUACUUUUAUUUUAUUUCUCCUCCUUGAGCUGAUACAAUUAUGGAGUUUACCAUUCAUAUACCAAGAAAAAAAUGGAUUCCACAAAAAGUGCUUUUACAGUGUUUAUAUUCAUAAUUGGUUUGCCACAUAUAUUGCAGCAGCAACAUUUUAUUUCACCUGACAGGAAACGCAUUAUUAUUCUAUUGAA